GAGGCCCUUUUCGUCGCAUGUUUUGUGCGUGAAACCCCUUUGCCCCUUUUCCUUUGCAGCCGGCUGCAGAUUCACAAACACAAAAAACAUGCCUGAACUCAGCGCACAGGAUUCUUCCAAGCGGGAACCCAAAGUCGAGGACAAAGUGACUGUGGAGGACGCCAGUGACACCGACUCCGGCAGCGAUGACACGGCGCCAGAACUUGACGAUGACAUUGGAAAGGCGACUGGACAAAGUCAGAUUGCGCAGGCCGCGGGCAUCACCGAGGAGCUGGUCAGCAAAGCCAAGCAGAGUCGGAGUGAGAAGAAGGCGCGCAAGCUGAUGUCCAAGCUGGGACUGAAGCAGGUGCAGGGCGUCUGCCGGGUGACCAUCCGAAAGUCCAAAAACAUCCUCUUUGUCAUCACCAAGCCAGACGUCUACAAAAGCCCCGCGUCAGACACCUACAUCGUCUUCGGAGAGGCCAAGAUUGAGGACCUCAGUCAACAAGCCCAGAUGGCAGCGGCCGAGAAGUUCAAGGCACCCGAUGCUGGCGCUGCGAUGGGCGAGCCGGCACAGGCUGCAGUGUCUCAACCUAUCGAAGAGGAGUCUGAAGAAGAGGAAGAGGUGGACGAGGCAGGAGUGGAGGGCAAGGAUAUUGAACUCGUCAUGUCCCAAGCCAACGUCUCUCGAGUCAAAGCAGUCAGGGCGCUCAAGAACAAUAACAACGACAUUGUCAAUGCAAUUAUGGUAAGCUGCAGCCACUUGGCAACUCCCAUAUCUGUUAUUGGUGCUGAUUUAGGAAUGUGUAAGCUUUGUAAGCCAAUUUUUUGUUUUGAAGUUGCUUAUUUUCAGCAUAUCCUGCUGCUGCUAGUCAGUAGACAAAUUGAAAUUGGUUCUUUUGUGAAACCAGAUGCGCUCUCAUUAUUGUGUUCCUAACGGGCCCCACGUCACUUUUUGGAUUAC